AUGUUGCAGAAAUGGAGUAUUUGUGGUGAACUUCUUGAUAAUGAUCUUGCAUUAGAAAUUUGCUGGGAUAAAAAACCAGAACUAGAUGAUGGAACACCUGAUUAUUACAUUAAAUUGGCCAAGAGAUACAUGGACCAAGAUAAGAAUAAUCAGCCCACGGCAACUGUUAUUGCACACAAAAUUGUAUAA